GUGGGUUUUGUGCGUGUGCUAACUAGUCAUUCUAUCCUCCUACCGUCCAGCGCUUGCCUCAGAUGAAGUUAUUCAGCUCUGUUCUCGUGGUUGGGUUGGUAGUGCUCGAAGCCUUGGCCGCGCCCCCUAUUCCCCGUAUACUCCAACGCGCUGGGUCUUACAAGUCGAGACGUAGCAUCCCGGAUACUCAUAUUCAACAUGAGAAAAGAACGGAGCUACAGGCACGGCCCUGGACAAAGGUCGAACGAGCCGUCCCCGAAGCCAUACUACCUAUGCGUAUAGGGCUGAAGCAGCGGAAUCUCCAAUCGGGACAUGAUCUGUUGAUGGAUAUAUCGAACCCCAAAUCGACCAACUACGGGAAACAUUUGUCGGGAAAGGAGGUCCUCGAAUUAUUCGCGCCACCAGAAGCCGCCGUGAAAGCGGUCAAAGACUGGUUAGUAUUGGGAGGCAUCCCCUCGGAUAUUGUCUCACUAUCUACCAACAAACAAUGGAUUCAAUUCGACGCCCCCGUUAACAAGGUCGAGGAUCUUUUGAUGGCAGACUACUACGUAUGGGAACACAUAGAUACCGGAGUGAAGAACAUCGCCUGUGAGGAAUAUCACGUACCGAAACAAGUGAGGGAACACAUCGACUACAUUACUCCCGGUAUCAAGAUGAUGGGUUACGGUAACACCCAAGACCCGCCCAAGAGAAAACAGAACUCCUCUCGCGAACACGUUUCGGAGAGCAAGCUGGGCGGUCUCUUGAGAAAGAGAAGCAGGGAAAGCUCUUCACCUUCAAAGCGGACCACGGGGCUGAAUGUGGAGGGACCGCUGCGCUUUGCGAGCCCAGUCGAGCCGGCCAAUGUAACGAGCGGUAACCUUACGUUGCCGGGCGGUUGUGAUGAAUACAUCACCCCGGAUUGCAUCAGAGCACUAUACGGAAUCCCCAAAGGUUCGAAGAAACACCCGGACAACAGGAUGGGAAUCUUCCAAUCGCUCGGGCAGCACUACACUCAAUACGAUCUCGACAGGUUCUUCUAUAGCUUCACUGACGAUAUUCCCAACGGAACGCAUCCCGAACUCUUCUCCGUGAACGGCGGUGAGGGAGCUACGACGAACCUCCGCUUGGCUGGCACGGAGGCAAACCUGGACUUCCAGAUGGCGUACGGUUUGAUAUGGCCUCAGGAGCCGGUACUCUACCAGGUGGAUGACGAGUGGUACCAGCAGACGUACCAGACUGAACCGACGCUCUACACGGGCUUUUUCAACAAUCUCUGGAACGCGAUCGACGGCAGCUACUGCACGUUCGAGGCCUUCGGCGAGACGGGGAACUGCAAGCGACCCGAGUGCCGCGACCCCGAGUACCCGAACCCGCACGACCGCAGCGGGUACGCGGGGGAGCUCAUGUGCGGCGUGUACUCGCCGACGAACGUGAUCAGCCUCUCGUACAGCGGGGCGGAGGUGGACCUGCCGGCGUCGUACCAGCAGCGGCAGUGCGCGGAGAUCAUGAAGCUGGGGCUGCGGGGGACGACGGUGGUGAUCUCGUCGGGCGACGACGGGGUGGGCAGCUUCCCGUCGCCGGGCGCGCCGUCGGGCUGCCUGGGGCCGGGCCGCGACGUGUUCAACCCGCAGUUCCUGGCGACGUGCCCGUACGUGCUCGCGGUCGGGUCGACGUACCUGCCGGCGAACGGCAGCGCCGCCGCCGCCGACGAGGUCGCCACCGACCGCUUCGGGUCCGGCGGCGGCUUCUCCAACAUCUACGACGCCCCCGCCUGGCAGCGCCCCGCCGUCGCCGCCUACCUCGCCGCCGCCCGCCUCCCCUUCGACGGCUACGACGGCGGCGCCGCCAACUACACCCCCGUGCACGCCGGCGCCGGCCGCUUCAACCGCCGCGGCCGCGCCUACCCCGACGUCGCCGCCAACGGCGACAACUUCGUCAUCGCGAGCGGCGGCGACCUGCUGCGCAUCGGCGGGACGUCGGCGUCGGCGCCGCUGUGGGGCUCCGUCCUCACGCUCAUCAACGAGGAGCGCCUCGCCGCGGGCAAGGCGCCCGUCGGCUUCGUCCACCAGGUCCUGUACUCCCACCCCGAGGUCUUCAAGGACAUCACGAAGGGCGACAACCGCGGGUGCAGGACGACGGGCUUCACGGCUAGCGAGGGCUGGGACCCCGUCACGGGGAUGGGUGCGCCGGACUACCCCAAACUGCUGGAGCUCUUCAUGAGCCUGCCGUAG